AUGGCCAAGAACGCCUGGAGUGAUAACCCUUUUGGGGGAGGUGAUGAUGUUGACAACCCCUUUGCCGAUGCCUCGGUCACCUCGGCCCAGGCAGCCGUGCCCGAGUACAACCCCUUUGAUCAGCCCACUUCGGCUGCUCAAGCCCCUUCCAAUAACGCCGAUUAUGCCUCUGAUUCCGUGGCUCAGGGUGCUGCCGCCUUUGGCACGCGUCCGGCUCCCCCUCAACCAGCAGAUGAGGACGUGCCGUCCUGGAUGCGCGAUGAGCCAGCCUCGCCCGCCACAGCUUCGGCCGCGGCCGCCCCCGCUGCUGCUGCUGCUCCCGAUCAAGCCCAGAACGCCUCCAAGAACAAACCGGUUACUCAACGCGAAGUGGAGUACGCCGAACGCGAGCGCCUGGCUCGCCUCCAGGAAAAGGGAUCAGCCCGUGAUCCCAACUUUCCCAACUUUCCCCAAUGGAUGCGCAACAGUCUAAUCAAGCCUUGCUUUCAUCUUGAUAUCAAGACGGAGAUCCCUGUCUUGGGCCAACGCAUCACGCGCAUCUCCUACUACGCCUGGCUUCUGUUGCUGCUUACGGUCUUUUGGAACAUGAUUUGCAUGCUUGCGGCCCUGGCUGGUCACGCCAAAAAUAAGGGCCAAUCAGCUGGUCUUUCCGUGGCAUACCUCUUCAUCUGCGGGCCGGCUGGCUACAUGUGCUGGUUUCAGACCCUGUAUACAGCCUUUCGAAAGGACUCCUCUCUCCGCUUCGGCUGGUUUUUCUUGGUCAUGGGAUGCCAAGCCAUCAUCUCCAUCAUCUUUUCCAUCGGUAUUCCCGGUUGGGGUUCGGCCGGCGUUUGGGUCUCCAUCGAGACCAUUGAUGACAACGCCGCCGCUGGCAUUCUUUCCUUCACGGGCGCAGGCCUUUGGAUUUUCAACUCGUUGCUGCAUGUUUACAUUCUGCGCCGUGUUUUGAAGGCCUACCGCAUGGCUGGAUACACAACUGAUGACAUGCAGCGCGAGGCUGUUGUUGGAGUAGCUUCAAACCAGACCGUGCGCAAGGCCGCCGUCAAUGCUGCGAUGAGCAGCUGAGGAGAGCCCCCAAUAUUACCCUGAUUGGAUUGGUUGAUUACACCCGAGCACGCGUUGGGUCGAGGUUGUGCGAAACAACUCCUUGUAUUCCCAAGGAGAGGUAGCCACUGCUGAUACGUCAAAUGGAUGACUGUGCGCUCUGUUUACUCGGUUCCUGUUCGUUUUUGUUUCUUCUUGGUCACUCUUUCUUCAAGUUCAUAUUUCUCUUCUGUUCUUCUGUGUGACAACUCUUCUCGUUUUGUAACUCGGCGUGCUGGUAACAGCCGCUUGGGCAUCGCUAGGUACCAGGGGUUUGUGUGUUCCUUCCCAAUUGCAAGUGUACAUGU